AACCAGAACUUUUGAGAAUUAUUCUCACGAAUAAUUCUUUGGAUGAAGUUGUAUCAAAUGCCGAAAAAAAUGUCAGAUUAUCCGAUUCUCUAACAAUAUUAAAAGGAAGAAUUUCAGGUGGUAGCAUAGAUAUUUCAGAUGAAUUUGAAACACAAGAUCUUCUUCAAUUUUAUAAAUUAAGAAAUAUUAUUGAUCAAGGAGAAUCUUUUGGCUACGAACCAUUUCCUGGUAUAUUUCUUGGUCCAAAAUUGGAAAAUGCCAUUUUACAAAAUGAUAUUUUAGACCUUUUAGUUGAAUUUUAUAAUAAUAGAGUAACAGGUUAUCAAUUUACCACUCUAGGAGAUAUAUCGGAAAUUGAUCAAAUAUCUGUAUUUCCUAAAAUAAUUCAAUAUGGGCGAUUAAAAUUGGG